AUGACCUCGAUGCUCGACCGGGCGGGCGUUCACCACCAAGACAUCUACGCCAGAAAUAUUCUCCUCGUUCAUGGAAACCCCGAUAGGCUGGUGUGGAUUGAUUUUGAUUUUGCAACGACCUUCGCAGAGUUUGGACCCGAGCAACUGGCCCGCUGUGACUACGAGAUCGCGAUUGUGAAGGGAUUCGGUGAAGCACUGAGACAUGAUCAAGCUGAAGCGCUGUUUUAUUCCGCUUUCUUCAUUGAAUUGACACUUACUUUACUAAAGCCUGGAUUAAGAUUAUUGACUUGCCUUGAAAUUCCCGGUGCAAACAGGCCGGAGGACAAGACUCCGCCUAGCCGCGCACUCCGAACCCUCAAAAUCCAACCUCGAAAUCCUCUAUCCAGAUGCCAAAGUUAUCCACACAGACAUGACAUCACAUCCCUAUCCGCACGCUGUGCCCUGCUAUCCGGCGCAGCCGCCGUCUACCACGUCGAGUCCUCCUUCCACUCUGGUGAAAUGGUCAUGGGCAUCAACAUGAUGAUCGACGCUGCCAUAUCCGAAAGCCAGAAACCAGGGAACGUGUUCAAACACUUCGGUUUCUCCAGUGUGCUCGGUACGCAACAUCGGAAUCUUAUGCAACACGACCUGGAAUCCCGCGUUGAGGAGUGCCUGUUUCUUAGUUCGUUGAUUCCACGAUUCUUCACGACUAAUUUCAUGGAUGCGUAUCCUAUCGCGCAGCUGAACCAAACCCGCAUCUCUCUCAACGUCAUUCAAGAGGCACUCAAACGCUUCUCCCUAAAUGAGCUCUCCCUAUCAUACAACGGCGGCAAGGAUUGUCUAGUAAUGCUCAUCUUAUUCCUAUCCUGCCUCCACCCACUACCCACGACCGAGAGUCUGUCAAAGGAUGGAAAACCCACGCCUCCCCCAACUACAAUACCUGCCAUAUACGCACAACCGCACCACCCCUUCCGCUCUGUGGAGGAGUUUGUUGCCUCUUCCUCACAUGACUAUCACCUCUCCCUAGUCCGCUAUACCACCGAUCCCCCCCGUUCAACCCUUCGUACUGUUUUCGCCUCUUACCUAGACCACCACCCGCAAAUCCGCGCUAUAUUCGUCGGCACUCGCCGCACAGAUCCACACGGCGAGAAACUAACGCAUUUCGACCACACAGACCACGGGUGGCCUGGCUUUAUGCGGAUCCACCCCGUAGUAAACUGGCAUUAUGCUGAAAUAUGGGCGUUUAUUCGGCACCUCGGGAUUGAGUAUUGA